UACAAAUCUCCCUAAAAUUACAACCAAAUAUUUCCCGAAAUACUUAUUAUUGCGCGAGUCGUGUCUCAUAAUUACAUUUAUUCUAUGACAAACUCGUUGACAUAACCGAGUACUAAGACCAUACAUCACCGUACAUUUCGCAUACACUUACAAAAAUAUUACGCAAUAUAUACGUAUUCUUUUAGUUAAAUUAUUUUGAGGAAGAAUUAAAAAAAAGGAGCAGAUAUGAGAUUAACGUCUACUUUAUUGAGACGCGUGGGAGAAUGGUCGAAGAAAUAUGCAAAUUUACCAGAUAGUUAUAUAGAUCGGACUAUGGCACAGGUUUAUUGGAGAACACCUCGUGGUAAGCCAAAUUAUUUGCCACGCACGAUCGAAAGGAAAAAUUUUCGUUUCUCCAUACAUCGUCCAUGGACUAAUAACUUCCAUCAUGAUAAUAAGCCUGGUAAAAGACAUAAAUUCAUUCACGUCGAGCCUAUUAAGGACUGGAGUUUCUUUAGGGGUGAUAGGGUAGAAGUUUUAGUAGGGAAUGAUAAAGGAAAGCAAGGAAUCGUAAAAGAAAUCUAUCAAGAAAGGAAUUGGGUAAUUGUUGAAGGACUUAAUACAAAGCUAAAAUGCAUUAUGAAGGACAAAAAAUUUCCUGGUUUAUAUAUGAAGGAGGAACAACCAUUAUUAGUAACCACACAGAUACAAUUGGUUGAUCCUUCAGAUAUGCAAGGAACUCCAAUAGAAUGGCGAUACACAGAAGAUGGCCAAAAAAUUCGCAUAUCCUUGAGAACUGGUAGAGCAAUUCCUAUUCCUGUCUCGAGUGAAGAAACAAUAGAUUAUAAAUCCGCUAAGUUUUACAAAGAACAAGCAAAAGAUACAAGUAAAGCUGAUACAGAAAAAGUAACUUUUAUGCCAUCAUUGAAGACUUUCGAGAUGGAUAUCAUGGAUGAAAUGGGUAUUAAAGACGAUCGUAUACAGAAGAGCUGUUAUUGGUAUUAAUUAUUGUUAUAUACAAUUUCCUGUUAUUAAAGUUUCUCUACAAUUAUAAUUUAAUAAAUAUAUUAAGUGAAUGAAAGAAUUGGAACAUACAGUCAUUCUUUUAACAUAACUAGAACACAAGAAAUUUCUCUUACAAUCUUUUUGAAUAAAAAAAUUGCUAAAAAAAU